GCGGUGGCGUAUUCCACUGCACUUUGUGGUGUUUGUUUACAGUAGCGGAUAUGGAUGUGGUGUGUGAGGUGGAGCGGGCUGUGCUGCUGCGGCGGUUAGGCCAUGUUGCUGCACGCAGGGAUGUGUGGCCGUUUGCAGUGAUGCACGUUGCUGUGUUGGCGACGUGUGCGCACUUUGUGGUUGCAGACCACAUCACGUGGCACCUCUUGUUGCUGGCAGCAGCGGCAUCUGCGGCACUGCACGUCGUGGCCUUUCUCUCGUCCACGUGGUCCGUCAAAGCCAAGGCCUUCUUCCAAUUUCGAAAGGUGAACACGCUGGACCAGGCGACACACGUGCUGGCGCACCCCACAGACGCGACAUUGAAGGCCGAGAUUUGCGACAUUGUGAAAGGUGAAGGGCCAGCGCGUAUCGUGUUCCAGCGGCUGCCGUACACCGUUCUUGUUGAUGCAGCCACUGGAGCAGUCACCUGUGACAUUCUCCAGUACCCCGUUAACGAGCAGCUCACCACAUACAGCGAAAGCACCGGCCUGAGUAGUGCCAAGGUGCAGGAGCUGACGGCACAGUUUGGGACCAACGACAUUACCAUCGACCCGGCUUCCUUCUGGGACUUGUACAUUCAACAAAUUACAGCGCCCAUUUUCGUGUUCCAGGUGUUCUGCAUGAUUCUGUACAUGUUGGAUGACUACUGGUACUUCAGUCUCGUCACGCUCGCCAUGCUCCUCUUCAUCGAGCGCAUCACCACGCAGCAGCGCCUGAAGAACUUGAAUGAGCUGCAAGGCAUGCGCCCAAAGCCCUAUGAGCUCCGCGUGUUCAGGGAUCGCAAGUGGGAGUGGCGCUCCACGGCCUCGCUCGUGCCGGGAGACCUGAUUGCACUUCCCCGCACAAAGCAUGCCAUGCACAAGGUGCCGGCGGACGUCGUGGUGCUUGCAGGCACGUGCGUUGUCAACGAGGCACUGCUCACCGGUGAAGCUGUGCCACUGCGCAAGGAGGGCGUGGACAAACUGCUUGCGGACCGCGGGUCCAGUCGCCUGUCCGCUAUUCCGGACGCCAAGCGCUACUACGUGUUUGCUGGCACAACGGUCCUGCAGACCACAGGCGCCCCGAAGGAGCGAGCUGUGAAACCGCGUGACACCAGCUGCCUCUGUGUCGUCGUUCGGACUGGCUUUGCCACGCAGGAGGGCACGCUCGUGCGCACCUUCCUUGCGAGUCGUGAGCAGGCAUCUGCCAACACAUGGGAGAGCCUCGCCAUCAUCUCGUUCCUUCUCGUCUUUGCCCUCGCAGCAGCUGGCUACGUCUUCAACCACGGGCUUGCGACGAAGCGGCCGCUGCACACGCUCAUCAUCGAGUGUUUGCUCAUCAUCACAUCUGUCAUUCCACCGGAACUUCCGCUCCAGCUCUCCCUCGCCAUCACAAACGCCCUCAAGGCGAUGAAUGCCAAGUCGAUUGCCAUCACAUGCACAGAGCCGUUUCGCAUCCCCAUGGCAGGGCGUGCCAGCGUGGUCUGUCUUGAUAAGACCGGCACGCUCACGGAGGACAAGGUCAACCUGCAGGGCCUCGUGGUGCCGUGCGACAGCAACAUCAGCACUGGUGGCGAUGGCAGUCAUCGUGAUGGUGAUGAUGAUGACGACGAGGAUGAUGAUGACAAUGAUGAUUACGGUGACGAGGGUGCUGGUGGCGGCGCAUUGGACUUUAAGCUGUUGCACCCUGUUGACAUUCGCAUGUCAUCCGAUCGCAGAGCCGAAAUCUUCCUCGCAGCGUGCACAGACGUCGUUGAGGUUGAGAAAGAGCUGGUUGGUGAUCCGCUUGAGCUUGCGGUGCUGACGAGUCUUGGGUGGAGCUGUGUCCGCGACACCGUCGCCCGCCCCUCUGCAAACCUCUCUGCACGCAAGAUCCACACCUUCCCCUUCAGCAGCGAGCUGAAGCGCAUGUCUGUGGUGUGCACGACUGCGAGCGCGGGCGUGAAAGGCGUCUUUCUGGUGUGCAAGGGCGCAGCGGAGGUGAUCAGACCGCGCCUCACCACCGUCCCCAGCGGCUUUGAUGAGAUGCACAAGCACUAUGCACGCGAGGGCAAGCGUGUGCUCGCUCUCGCGUACAAAUCUCUGCCUGCUGAUAUGAAGCAUAAGGUGCAGCGGCUGAGUCGCGAGGAGGCGGAGAAGGACCUGACGUUUGUUGGAUUCAUUGUGCUCGGCUCCCCGCUCAAGUCGGACACGCGCAAAGUCAUGCGCCAGCUCCUGCGCUCCUCGCACCACCUCGUCAUGAUCACAGGUGACAGCCCGCUGACGGCGUGCUACGUGGCGCGGCGCGUGCGGAUUGCAUCACGUCCGCUCCGUGUCAUCGAUCAUGACGCAACCAGCCGACACUUUGUGCACUACCUUGCCGACGACGACGCGAACGCCGGCACCCUGGACGCACUCACCCCGGAGCAGCUGUCCACACUGUUUCAGAACAACGACCUGUGUGUGACGGGCGCUGUUGUGGAGGCGGCGGCAGCAGAACAUUCUCUCCCCGACGUCGCACGCUAUGCAAAGGUGUUUGCACGCACGAGCCCCAAGGACAAGUCGCGCAUUGUGCGCGCGUAUCAGCACCUCGGCCUGUCCGCCGUCAUGUGCGGUGAUGGCACCAACGACGUGGGCGCGCUCAAGGUCGCAGAUGCAGGCAUUGCGCUGGUCUCUGGCGGGCGGCCGCCCAGGAAAGCGAAGAAAAAGUCGAAAAAGGCGCAGGAGGCGCUGUCCAUGCGCGAGAAAGCACUCCUUGACUUUCAGCGAGAGCUUGAGACCAUGAACCUGGAGGACAGUUUGCCGAAGCUUGGGGACGCCUCGAUUGCCGCCGCGUUCACGUCCAAGAUUUCGUCAUGCAGCUGUGUCACGCAUCUCAUUCGCCAGGGCCGGGCAACGCUCGUUGUCUCGAAUCAGAUGAUCCAGAUUCUUGCCCUCAACUGUCUCAUCAACUCAUUCUGUUUGAGUGUGCUCUACUUGGAAGGCAUCAAACUAAGCGACACGCAGAUGACGCUGAGCGGGCUGGCGAUUGCAAUGUCGAUGUACUUCGUGUCAGCGUCGCGGCCACAGAAGAAGCUCUCGCCCCAGCGCCCGCGCGCAUCAAGCGUCACAGCAUACAUGUUCGGCUCCGUUCUCCUCCAGUUUGCGUUCCAUGUGUACAUGCUGCUCUCCGCCAUCCGCACAGCUCAGGCCGUGGAGGGGCGCAUCCACUUCGAUCCAGCGUUUCUUCCACCUCCUCGUCGCACGCUCCUCUGA